AUGACACCGAACCCUCCGAGCGGCUACAUCAUCAGUUUGGUGCGGCUGCACAAGCAGGGCUUCGGCGUCCCCAUCGGCAGGUUCAUCCGUGCGCUCUGCCACCACUACGGGGUGGAGCUGCACAAUUUUGCCCCCAACGCCAUCUCGCAGGUGGCGGUCUUUGUUGCCGUCUGCGAGGGCUACUUGGUGAUCCCGGUCCAUUGGGACCUGUGGAGGCAUCUCUUCCGGGGCAAGCUCUUCCGGGGGUGGUUCUACCUUCGCAACGACAACGGGCGGCUCCCGGCGUACACCGGCAAGGUGCUGCUGGAGAAGCCGGAUGCUUGGUCAUACGGGGCGUCUCCCCCCAAGCUCCAGGCGAGGCUCGAGGUGUACACCAACGCGCUCCGGCGCCUAGCGGGCAAGGAGCUGACCGCGACCAUCGUCAUCGCCAACUUCCACCGGCGGAGGGUGCUUCCCCUCAUGGAGAGGAAGCUUCCUCUUUUCCAGAUGAUGGGGGAUGCCCCGUACGAAGGCACUCGGAUGGUGGAGGAGUUCCUGUCCGACAGCGUGUCCGCGCAGCAAGCGGGACGGGCGGUGUCCCAGCCCCCGAGCGACCUUGCGGACUAUUGGAGGGUCUCGAUGCGCCCCGAGGCGGUGUAUAUUCAAGUGGGGGUGAGCCGCAAAGGGUACCCCUCGGUUCCUCCGCUCCCCGAGAUCCGAACCGUGAACCGCGAGUUUGCAGAAAGGAAGAAGGAGCGGAAGGACGCCGAGAAACAGCGGUGCGACCGGAAGAGGAAGGAGAAGGAGGCGAGGGACAAGGUGAACCGGGCACUGGAGAAGGAGGGCAAGCCACCCAUCCCAACGCCCGACUCUACGCCGGAGCCGGAGUCUCCGUCCUCUGUGGCGGCGGGCCAAGUCGACUACUCGAUGUGGCCCGAGUCCGAUACAGAGGGGGCCGGGGGCCGGUCCCCGGGCCAACGUCGGGCCGACACCGAGCCCCCGGCGCAAGCUGAGUACGAGGAUACGCACGCGCAGUCGCCGGCCGAGGGGUCACCCCCGCAGCCGGGCGCGGGGACCCUCGAAGGAGCGUCGCUGCCGAGGGGUCAAACCGGCCCGGACGCGACAUCUGGUGGUUGCUCGGCAGGAGCCAGCGGGUUGUCGCCGGCCCCAAAGGGUGGCUCGAAGAAGCGCAAGCUCGGCGCCGCAUCAGGCACGGCACCGCAGCCCUCGAGCGAGGGGCCUCGGACGGUGGAGGAGAUCGUCGAGGAGCUCCGGGCGGCGAUGGCCUGGGGGGCUGCGUCGGCCCGCGCACAAUUGGGCGCAAAGGACGUCGUCCGGCCGAGCACCGAGGAGGAGUCCGGCCGGGGUGACGAGGGAGAAACCUGCCAUGGCGGCGAGGAAGGCAUAGCCCGGCCGGACACCGGGGGAGAGGAGAGGACCGAUGGGGCUGAGCCAGAGCAGCCCGUCGGUCAGGUGGAGAGAACAGGCCCCGUCCCGGAGCCCACGGAGGCCGGGGAUGAAGGAGCCACGGUGGCUGAGUCGGUGGUGCAGCCGGUGCUGCGGCCAGCUUUAGAGGUGGUGCCGGUGGUGGAGAUGCCGCUGGAAGACGAGCCGGAGCGGCUGAGGCAAAUCUCGCGCAACAAGAGCGCGGAGCUGGCCCAGCAGCAUUCCGAGGUGCAGUGGCUCGAACAGCAGAACGCCACUCUGAUCGAGAGGCUGGGCGAGGCCAACACCUUGGUGUCCGACCUGGGGGUGCAAGACCGUGCGCGGAAGGAGGAGCUGGCACAAGCCAUCGAGGAGCGUGACGCCCAGAGGGCCGCGGCGGGGCAGAAGGCCCAAGAGGUCAAGCUGCUCAAUGCCGCGCUGCGGCAGAAGGACGAGGCUCUCGAGGCGAGGGCGGCCCAGUACGCACGGCUAGAAGAGGCUCGAGAUGCGCCAAACUCUUCCCCGACGCCGCGGACGACGGAGAGGAAGGGCGCAUCGAGGGGGGAGGUAGCGACCUAUAGAUAG